GUGAGCAGGUGAAGCAUCCUCAUCCUCUGCCUGGAAGGGUGACAGCCUAGCCCUCGUCAUCCACAUUCACCAUGGGACUCUUCUGCUGGACUGGACGCCUCGCCCUCUGCCUGCAGCUGGUGCUGGGCACAGCUCUGAACGAUCUACCAGCCUGCAGUGAGAGCGACUAUCAUUAUGAAUACACAGAAUGUGACAGCACUGGAUCCAGGUGGAGGGUUGCAGUACCAAAUAAAGAAAAACAUUGCGUUGGAUUGCCAGAUCCUGUAAAAGGAAAAGAUUGCACUUUCUCCUGUGAUUCUGGCCAGUUCUUGGACAUUAAAACCCAGUCAUGCACACAGUGUGCUGCAGGAACAUACUCACUGGGAACCGGGAUCAAAUUUGACGAAUGGGAUGAGAUGCCAUCAGGAUUUUCCAAUGUGGCAACGUUUAUGGAGACCACUGCUGACUUUUCUGGAAACAAACCUGAUAGCUGUGAUAACUCUUCAUGGGUUCCUCGAGGAAACUACGUUGAAUCAAAUCGGGAUGACUGCACUGUGUCUCUUAUCUACGCUGUGCAUCUGAAGAAAUCUGGUUCUGUGUCCUUUGAGUACCAAUACUUCGACAACAACAUCUUUUUUGAAUUCUUUAUUCAAAAUGACCAAUGUCAAGAAACAAGUUCCUCAUCAGAUAAGUGGGUGAAACUCUCUGAGAACAGCGAAUGGAUGCAACAUUCGGUGUCUUUAAAAUCUGGAACCAACAUUUUGUAUUGGAGAACUACUGGCAUUCUUCUGGGAUCAAAAGUGGUGAAGCCUGUCAUGAUAAAGAACAUUACUAUUGAAGGAGUUGCAUACACAUCUGAAUGCUUUCCUUGUAAACCCGGUACAUACAGCGAUAAACCAGGAUCUUCUUUUUGCAAGAUCUGUCCCAGGAACAUGUAUUCAGACAAAGGAGCUAAGGAAUGCAGUAAAUGUAACCUGGAAACACAAUACUCAGAUGAAGGAGCCAGCAAGUGCCUAACUCGUCCUCCAUGCUCGGCUAAAGAUAUGUUUCAGAUACACACUCCUUGUGACAAUGAAGGAAAGACUCAGAUCAUGUAUAAAUGGAUUGAGCCAAAGAUAUGCAGAGAAGAUGUUUCUGGUGCAAUGAUGCUUCCAGCUUCUGGGAACAAAGAAGAUUGCCCCCCCUGCAACCCAGGCUUUUAUAGCAAUGGGACAUCUUGUUCUCCUUGCCCAUUUGGGACCUUUUCUGAUGGCAUACAAGAGUGUAAACCGUGUGCUGCUGGCACGGAGCCCGUUCUUGGAUUCGAAUAUAAGUGGUGGAAUGUUCUUCCUGCCAACAUGAAGACAUCCUGCUUUAAUGUUGGAAACUCAAAAUGUGACGGAAUGAAUGGUUGGGAAGUUGCUGGAGAUCAUGUCCAUAGUGGAACCGGUGGAUCUGACAAUGAUUACUUGCUUCUAAAUCUCCAUGUUCCAGGAUUUAAACCUCCAACAUCCGGAGCAAAUGGAGCAGAAAUUGGCAGGAUCACUUUUGUGUUUGAAACCAUUUGCUCUGCUGACUGUGUGCUGUACUUUAUGGCGGAUAUUAACAGAAAGACUACUAGUGUGGUGGAGUCAUGGGGAGGAAACAGAGAAAAGCAGUCCUACACUCACAUUGUAUCUAAGAACGCAACGUACAUGUUUACCUGGGCGUUUCAGAGGACCAAUCAAGCUCAAGAUAGCCGACUUUAUGUAAACGAUGUUGUAAAGAUCUAUUCAAUAACUGCCACCAAUGUUAUGGAUGGAGUCUCGUCGAGCUGCCAUGUCUGCGCCAUGGGGUCUCCGCAGUUUGGAUCUUCCUGUGUUCCUUGUCCUGCUGGUCACUAUAUUGAGAAGGAGAGCAGCUCAUGUAAGGAAUGUCCACCUAACACAUACUUAUCCCCUCAUCAAGUCAAUGGAAAAGAGGCGUGCAUCCCAUGUGGUCCUGCAAGCAGAAGCAAUAAGGAUCACUCAGCCUGUUACAGUAACUGCAGCUUCUCCUAUAUGCAUGAAAACCAGAGCUUGACGUACGACUUUCACAAUCUCAGCAGCGUGGGAACUCUCAUUAACGGACCCAGCUUUACUUCCAAAGGAACAAAAUACUUUCAUGUUUUUAACAUAAGUUUGUGUGGAAAUGAAGGGAAAAAGAUGGCAGUGUGUACUGACAACAUUACUGACGUCACGACAAAAGAGAUGGAAGCAGAAGCAGAUGAUGUGUCUAAUUAUGUGAAGACCUUUGUUUGUCAGUCCACCAUCAUUCCAUCAGACAGCAAAGGAUUCCGCACAGCGCUGUCAUCUCAGUCUGUCAGCUUGGCCGAUGCUUUUCUAGGUGCUACCACUGACCGAAGCCUCAAUGGAAUCACCAUUAAACCUGAUAUAUUCCCUUCUCAGAAAAAGAUACCUGAUAUCAAUUUCUUUUACAAGUCUUCUGCAGUUACUUCGUCAUGUGAAAAAGGAAGAGCUACAGUUAUAUCUUUGAGGUGUGAUCCCACAAAACCUGGUCAGGGUGAUAUUUCGGUCCCCAGAUUGUGUCCUGCAGGUACAUGUGAUGGGUGCAAUUUUUAUUUACUCCGGGAAACAGCAGAAGCAUGCCCUCUUUGUACAGAAAAUGACUACCAGAAAAUAGAAGGAGCUUGUAAAAAGGGUCACCAGGAAACACAUUAUGUUUGGAAUGAGCCCAAACUCUGCAUGCAUGGUGUCUCCCUGCCAGACAAAAGGACUGCAGCCUGUGAAUCAAUAGACUUCUGGCUGAAAGUGGGUUCUGGGGUGGGGGCAUUUGUGGCUGUUCUUCUUGUAGCACUGACCUGCUACUUCUGGAAGAAAAACCAGAAGCUAGAAUACAAGUACUCUAAGAUGAUCAUGACCGCUAAUUCCAAGGAGUGUGAGCUCCCUGCUCCAGACAGCUGUGCUAUAAUGGAAGGAGAAGACAAUGAAGAUGAUAUAGUAUAUUCCAAUAAACAGUCAUUGCUGGGAAAACUGAAGUCACUUGCAACAAAGGAGAAAGAACACCGUUUUGAAUCUGUACAGCUGAAAUCCUCACGGCCACAAAAUAUAUGAAGCCCAGACAUUGCCUUUGAGACUAUGAAAAAAAUUUUUUGUAGGAAAAAGCAUAUCAUAAAAAGAAAUCAGUAGACGGUACCAAUAGAGAAAAAUGAGGCACUGAAAAAAAAUCAUAAAGAAAAUCUUUGCUGCCUUAUUACUUAUAGAUAGAGUAUUUUGCCAAAAAUGGAAUAUGUGGAAGUGUAGAAUUCAAGUUCAACUCAGGACAAGCAAAAUGAAACUGAAGAUGUUAAGCUUAUUGUGUGUUGCUUUUGCAUGUUGUAUCCUGUGUUUAACCUCUCACCUCCUGACACUUAUUGCACAGAAAUAACAAUUAUCUUGAAGUUCAGAAGACUUUCUUUUCCACCCAUGUUUGCUUUAAAUGGUCACUAACUUUUAUGACAACUUUGCAUAAAUCAAUAGUACAAGCAACCAAACAUGUUAGCCAUGUUGUCAGCUGUUUACCUCCCCCCGUUGCUAUUUGCUUUGCACUUUGAAAAAUGCCUUAAUCCCGUCCUAGACGGACCAACUCCACAGGAGGAUCAUAUUACACGUGUCAGUCUAUGAAGAGAGGAGGGGGGAGGAGUGAGCAGGAGAACACACAGAAAAGCAGACCGCCAGAGCUACAUGGGCUGAGAUACAAACUUCCUAAGUGCUUUAUUCACACCCAUACAGGUCAGUACCUCUCUGUUCUCCAUGAUCUUGGGGCUGCUUCUGAGUGAGUAAGAGAAGGUUAAGAAGCAGAUUUUCCUUUACAUUCUGUGUGCAGUGGAUUAGAACUAGUCUUCACCCACCAUCUCUGGGAGAACUGCAAACUAGACAUUCCCUAUGCACAGAGAAAAACUGCAAAAAACUGCCAGAUACAAGUCAUAAAGUGGCCAGAAAUAGUGUUAUUCCUCAUAUACACACAUAGUACUACUGAUUAAUGCAAAGUUUGUUGAAAGGUUAGGUACGCUUUAAAUGUAAGCUGUAAGGGUCCUUUUACACAGGCAGAUAAAUUGGCCAUAACAAGAUCCACUUGACAAAAUAAGCUAGUCGCAAAACUAGCAUUUAUAUUUCACCAAAAUCGUGUGUUUUUUGAUACUGCAAUCAUUUGUGCAAUUGUUUUCCCCUCUCAUGCGCUUUGCAUUAUACACGACAGCCUGUUUACACUACUUGAUGUGCUGCCGGCAAGCAGUCAUUUUAAUAUCAGCAUCCGAGAUGUGAUCAGUGGCAAAAAGGUGAAUUGUAGUUUGCUAUUCGAUGUUUACACUGGACAGUGAGCAUUUGGGCAGUUAGGGCCUUAAGUAAAAGGCCUUUAGCCUAGUGAAAUAUGACAAUGUCUUUCUAAAAGGAAUUGUAGCAGAAGGAUCUCUUUACUGACCAAAAAAUGGCAGUAAAGAAAUCAAUCAAAUAUCCUGUUCUCUAACAGAUUAUUGGACCUUUUAAUGCUUACGUUAAAUUUAAUUUCACCUUUCAGUGGUUACAAAAGAAGCAAUCAGAAAAUAGGGGGUGUACCCUGCAAAAUCUUUGGAUGAGAAUGUGCAGUUUUUGCUUUGGUCCAAUACCAUAUGGUGACAUGUCUUCUUUAAAUGGCUUGUCUGCUUUUGCCUUCUGUAAUGGUGAAAUAAAUACUGGCUCAUUGCUUACACCAGCCUCCUUCCCCACUCUCCAUGGGUGCCUAUGUAAACCUCCAUGUCCGUAGCAUCCAAGAUGAUGGCAGUCACGAUUACCAGUGUGGACGCAUCCCCAGCUGCAUCCUCUAUUGCACUGCUGCCGAAAGCAUUCAGGGCAGGUGCAGAUACAGGAGAUGCUGUGCUUUCAGCUCCUGCCUAGUAGAGGAUACAGCCAAAGAGGUGGUCAUGUGGGUGAAUGGGAUGACUGCUGCUAUCUCGGAUGCUAGGAACAUGGCCGUCUGUUUACAUACAGCACCCGUGUGUGCUGUAGUAGUAGUCGCCCACAUUCCUGCCUGGAAGGUUAAUGGAUGUCAGCACGCUUGUUGAGUAGCAGAGUAAGCUUGCACAGAGCCAAGUGCAAUAGCAAGGUGUAGUUAAAGGGAUAUGAAGAUAAAUGAUGUUUUAUAAAAGGAGUUGGCGGGGACCAUGGUAGGGUACGUACUGCAGGACUUUUGUUCUCAAUGUUUAGAAGGAGAAUGGUAAGAAUGGGUAGGAAACCUUAUUUUGAAUCUCCUCACUACUAAAACUUUCAUAAUUUUCCUACUGAUAACUGUCAAAUUAUGGAAUGGUUUAUUGUGGAAUGAGUUAUACAAAUUCUCAAUGUCAUGUUAAUUCUUUAUACCUUUGUAGGUAGUUUAUAUAGUUGGCUUUGCACACAUACAUUUGGCCCCCAACUAAACCAGUAUCAAUUUAAACUGGUAUGUGUUAGUGGACCUUUUAUCUGGCUGAUAUCAAUACUAUGCAAAAAAAAAAAACUAAUAUGUAAAUGAUCAUGUGAGACCCCAAUAUGAGAUUUGGAUGUUUUAUUCAAAUUGCUAAGAAAUUGGCUAUUUUGUUCUACAAAUUGUAACAAUCCCAAUAGAUUAUAAAUGUGCCACUUAGCUACACUGUCCAGAAUUAACAUGGGACUUGCUGGGGGCUGAAAUCUUUGCUUUUGGUCAGUGAUUUUGUCCCUCCAUCGGACAAUAUAUUUAUGCCGCCCUUUAUUGGGGUGAUCUGAAACUGUACUUCUGAGCCCUAGCUGUAGCACUGCUUUAUUAUUGCUUUAAUAUACAGUAUGUCAUGUUUACACAGUAAUCGAUAUAUGAAUAAGAGGCUGCUCUGACACCCAGCCCCACAAAGUCAACUUUGUAUGAUCAGUCAAUGUAAAUGCACAACAUACAUUGCAGUCUAAAAAUGCAGUAACUGCCCUCCUUAGUGAGCUGCUCCAUUUUUAAAGGAUUUCCCAUAAGCUAGUGCCUUGUACUUUCAUACCUUCAUUGAGACAUACUAUAUCUUCACCAUUAACAUUAUGGUUCUGGAUUACAAAUUAAAUUUAAUUCCUGCUAUCCCCUCAUAUUUUGUAGCAUGUUUUGGAUUACCACUUUAAUUGGAGCCUACAUUCAGUCUCAGAUAUGGCAAAUUUAGUAGCCAUACCUGGAUUACCAGUUUAUAUUUACACUGGCAUUGAAAUGCCAUAUGGAAAUGUAAGAUUACUAAAUUACAUAACUGAUGCAUUUUUAGUUACUCCAAGUGCUGGGAUGUUAACACAGAAAAUUCCACCAUCUUGCAAAAUUUAAACAAAGUACCUCUUCCUAGUUAAUCCCAGUGCAUUCAAUGUUUUGCCAUUUGCUACAGUCAAUUUGUCACUAAACUUUCAAAAAAUUUGAAUAAAUCAGUAAUACCAGUGAAUAUAAGACACUUUGUAAUAUAUC